AUGGCCACACCGGCCCGGAGCAAUCUACUGUGGCUUGACCACCAAAAUGAAUACUCACCCCGCAGGACAAGCGCACCCUCAUCUGAGGGGCGCGCUUUCGUCAUCAAUGUACCGAGUUUUAAGCGACUGGCCAUACGGCGACAGCGAUCAUGUAACUUACCGUUGCCGGACAAGGAGCCGACGUUCCAACAUGCAACUCGAAACCUAUUGGGGCGGCUCGAUGUGCUACUCGGCCCUCAUUUCCGCAAGAGCAAUAAAUCGGCCACCUCUGGCCGCCAAGAAAUCGACCUCAGAACCAAACAGGCAACCGCGUUUACGACCAUUUCGACUUGCGGCUGCGGUCUGCGUAGUGUCGAAGAGAUGGUGGUCAGUUUCGCCGUGGCUGCACUCGCAGGACUGCUGUCGCUCACUUGUGUGAACGCGGCGAGAGACGAGGCUGAUUUCCUCCAGUGCGUCGUCGCCAACUUCAACUCCAGUCACACGUCGGCCAGCAGCGGAUUGGCGAUGGGCUGCGAGUGGUGCUUCGUAGCUCAAAGCAACUCGGAAAGUCCUCGGCUGAUCAAACGUCGGUGUUUGGCAGACAAUGAUGCACAAGAAAUUUUUCCUACCGCUUCAAAGCAGGAGGUUUUGUGUAAGAUCGGCAUAUGGCAGGACGUUAACGGAACGAUCUGCAUCUGUCGUGAAAGCUUAUGCAACCAGCGACCCAUACAGGAACUGCAGACCCUCUCUGAAUAA